CUAGGAUUAGUUCAAUCGUGUGGCUAAGAUCAAAACUUUAAAAUAGGAAGUCUAAUUAUUAUUUUAGACUACUUUUGACGGUGGAAUCGCGGAAGGGCAUAUUUGGGAGAUUUGAUUUUACUGAAAUGCGUAGAUGUUGGAGAAUCCCGCCUAAUAAGCUGCAGGCUCAGAAUAGAACUCUUCACUUCUCAAUAAACCUCGCUGUUUACGCUGCUUUUCCUGCGGUCGUGGUGCAGAGAAUUUACAAUAUCAAGUUAUAUUGCAUUGAGUGGAUAAAGCAGUGUCCUGAUGCCAAUGUAUGCCAUGAUCUUGCUUUGAAAAGAAGUUCAAAGCGCAGCAAGAAAUCUGUUGUAAUGGCUUCACCGAUUCGAAGAAGCGGUAGAUUGCAGCUUGCAGAGAUUAUGAAAAGGCCAAAAGUUUUUGUUCAAAAGUUUGCAGAAAAGGGGAGAAUUUUGGCUACCACAAUCAUCGACCUAGUGUCGUUGAUUGAGAGUGCACCACCUGGUACCAUGGAGAAUGAUGUGUUCAAGCAGCUGCAGCUUGCAGCGGGUAGAUUAUUGGGUCUGGCACAACGUAGAGGUGGUGGAAGCUUAGAAACACCUGAGGGAGGAUUUUCUGAGGCAGUGCUGGCACGUUCAAAAUACAAGAAGAUCAUGGAGGAUAUGCCAUCGUUCAGUCUGGGGUUCUCGCAAUUGGAUGGAGAGAAUGAGAAUGUGAAUAUUGAUGGUGGUGAUAUGGGUGCUUGCAGAAAUACACCUAGAACUCCUGCAGUUCGGGUUGUGAAUGAGCCGGAGAGUAACCCAGGGGUUGAAAAUGAUUUCAUAACACCUGGAGAAGUGCAAUGUCAUGAGGGAGAUGCAGUUGAUAGGGAUUUGGCUGGUGGAAGCAGGAAUCAGCCGGACAUGAUUGGUAUGACAGCAGUUGCUGGUGUGAGUGCAGUGGGUGAUGGUACUGUGCGAGGAACUGUUACAGAAUGUUCAAAAGCAGUGGUGAAGCCAUGCAAUGCAGCAAGGAAGUUGGCUAGGACAUUAAAACCUGUGGGCCCUUUGAGAUCACCCUACCUUACACGACCGAUAGAUCUUUCCGAUGGGUUAUCUGUCAUGGAGAGGAGGGUGACGAAUUGGGUGUUGCAGAAUCCAAAUGCUCCAAAGGAUGAAGCUGUUUUCGUGAAGGAUGGAUUGGAGUUGACAAGAGGUGAAAUUGCGUCGUUGGAUAUUGGGAAACAUAUUUCCAAGAGGGUGAUAUAUGUGUGGUCAACAAUACUGAACCACAAUGAGAAAUUCAAAAGUGACGAAUCCCCGUUGCGUGUGUUUGCUAGGAGCAUGGAUUGUGUUGCAAAUGGGGAUAUAGUAGAUGUGUCUGAGGCGAAUUUUUUCUUUCCUAUUAUGCAACAGAACUGGGCAUAUGUGUUGUGUGUUGACCUAAAAAGCAGACGUUGUGACAUCCUGGAUAGCUCUUCAGCGAAAGCAAAAAACGAAGACAGAUAUGGCGACAUGCCAAGGCGAGUUGUGAGGUUGUUGGGUGAUUUUCUUGAGCAGCAGAGGUUCGUUUACAAAGGUAAAUGUGUUAGAGAAAUGCUUGCUAAGAGAAUUACGUUCCCUUGGAGAGAUCCGAAGGCUACAUUUGACUAUGGUGUGGCGACCAUGCGUCAUAUGGAGACGUAUAUGGGGGAUGGUGGCAAGGGAUGGAACACUGGCUUGUCGAAGAUAAAUCAAAAGCCUAUGCUGUUGCUGCGCUGCAAGUACUGUGCAUGUAUACUUCUAAGCCCAGUUAAUGCACUGUUGGACAAGGUUUAUGCAGAGUCAGAGAAACUCGAAAGGGAGAGGAAGGGAAAGGAUCCUUAGUGAACCCACACCUAGAAUGGCUGCAUCUUAUUUUUGUGUGUUUGUUGAAUUAUAUUUAUUAGUUGUUGGUGAAAGUUGGUGACACCAUACAUUGAUGGAAGUGCUAUAAGGAAACUAGUUAUCAGCCCAUAGUUUGGUUUAUUAUUUUAUUUUUUGUAUUUGGUUGUCAAAAAUUGUUUUUUUGUAGAAGGUGUGACUGGUUAUGGUUUUUUGAAUGAAGAUGUGGUUUUGCC